AUGGAUUCUGAAGACGGGGAGUUGUUCAUAAAGCAACUGGCCAGCUUCGUGCGCACGCACGAAAAGGCUCUCGCCAACGCCUUGCAAUUCCGAAGACAGACCGCCCGCCAUGGCGCCUCGCAGAGUGUCAGCUCGCUACCCACGCCGCAGUCUCCAGUCGUUCCCGAACGGCCAUCGACCUCGGCUUCAACUUCGAGCGGCCUUGCAUCCGCCCUAUCUCUGGGCUCUCUGAACUUCACUUCGCACAGCGUAAAGUCUGCGAAGCUGGCCUUGACGCCUCACCAUCUAUUCUACCUACUUUCUCGAUUCGAAGAACUCGCCAUUCCUGUCGGCCCCAUGAAGAUUCGUCUCGAGAACCUCCACGAUAGCUCUACAUCCGCCAACUACGUUUCAUUCCUUAGCAAUACCCAACGAUCCAGAAGCCGCGGCUCCGAUGUCGGUUCCAUACACUCCGUAUCUAGUGUCCGCAGCGUCAUGUCUGGCAUGUCGGCUCUCUGGCAAAGCUUUGGCAUCGGCGCCAGUAUAUCUGCCGCCAGAACAGAGCGACAAAAGGCUGCCAUCCAGGCUGACCUGAAAUACCUCUACUCGGCUUUCACCAAGAUUCCGUGCCUGCGUCUCGCCCCCGAUUGGCGUGCCCGCCUGAUUCGCGGCUACGAAGAAUUCCCGUUCGACUCUGCCGUACCACUAUACGUUUUCAAGAACGUCCAAGCUCUUGAAGUCAACAGCAUCGACUUUAGACAGUUCUUUGGCUGGGACAAGAUGGCCGAGCAGCUUAGAUCUCUCACUCUCAAGCGUGCCGGCGUGGAAGACCCCGCGGACAUCCUUAUCGACAUUGUGCUCGACGACAUGGACAAGAGGCGCAGGAGAAGUGCGAAGCAACAAUCUUCCCCAACAACGCCUUGGCCCGCCAGUUCGAGUCCUCGCAGGAGUCCGACGCUCCCGCACGCAGAACUCCAUAAGGCUACUUCAGCACCUGGUUCGCCGGACCCGCGAAGCUCUAUCGGAGACCUCGGCAUCGGUUCCUUGAACAUGCACGACGACGAUAUGGCACCUGGCGAAGGUAGAAGGCCUUCUAUCGCUCGCACCGAGACCUUUGAGGCCAUGUCACCGCCGAAGAGCAGGCCGCGCAGCAACUCGCCCACCCGGCCAAUCAGCUCACGCAACCACUCGCACAUGAGAGGCGGCCACAAGGUUCGUCGCUCCGGAUCUGGUAGCUCGCAGUCGAGCCUGUCGGACUCGUGGCACCACAGCCGUACUGGAAGCUCAUCAAAUUUGUUGAACAUGGGCAUUUUGCCUGCGUCCAAGUGGCGCUUCCUCAAGCACCUUAGUCUUGCAGACAACUCCAUGACCUCCAUCCCGGCUACCAGCUUGGCUCCUCUCGCAAACACCCUCCAUUCGCUGGACUUGUCGUCGAACCUGUUUACUCAGAUUCCCGAUAGUCUGGCCACCCUUACCGCCCUCCGCGCACUUAACCUCUCACACUGCAUGAUUGAUGGGCUCCACUCCCUGACGCGCAAUCCCCUCCCCGCCAUCUCAGCCCUCAACCUCCGGGCCAACCGACUCCAGUCCAUUGCCGGCAUCGAGAAGUUGUACCCUCUCGAGCGUUUGGACCUGAGAGAUAACCGCCUCUCUGAUCCCUCGGAGCUUGCUAGACUUACCGGCAUCCCCGACAUUCGGGAGAUCUGGGUCGAGGGCAACCCCUUCACUCGCACCCACAAGGACUACCGCAUCACCAUCUUCAACCUGUUCCGGAAGACUCCCGGCUACACUGAGGACAUCAUCAUUGACAACUCCGGCCCUUCCUACUCAGAGAGAAGAUACCUGGUCGAGCGUACUCCGGUGCCCGCCGCGGUCCCAGUUGUCAAGCCCGCCCCUGCCGACAUUCCCGCCGUCGAUGUCAGCAAGCCCGCCAUCAUCUACGACAUUCCCAAGGAGGCGUCCGUUCUCCGUAAGGAGCGACCGGUUCCAAAGGCCGUCACUAGCGAGGUUAACACCAGCUCCACUCGUCGCCGUAAGACCCCUAAAAGGCGCAUAGUGGAUCUGUCAACAUCUGAUGGCACCCCAAUCUUGCCGCCUGGUGUUGCACAGCUCCCGCCGACCGAUGUCAAGGUCCUGGCUGCGGACGCCACUGCUACCGCAGCCGGGUCCGACAGCAACUACCGCAUCUCCCAACCCCCCGAGGUUCCACCUCUGCCGUCUGCGGUGCUCUCCGAUGGCCGAAAAGCCACCUCACAACCGGAAGUACCACGCAUCGACACUAGCGUAGUCCCCGAGCUUCCUCCCAUCUAUACGACUCGCGAGACUCCGGCCGACUCCCAGGACUGGGACGUCAGUGGCGAGAUGUAUCGCAGAAAGAUCGAGGCGCUACGGGACAAGGUUGGAAACGGCUACCUGAGCGUGCUCAGUGAGGAGGGCUGGGAUCCCUCUCGCCCUCCAACAUACACUGUCCCCGACUUCAGUCCAGCCUCGACUGUACGGCCUAGCCCUACAACACCCCGUACCGCCACCACCACCCAUCACCCCCAGGCCAUCCACAGUGGCCGCACUCUUGGUUAA